CCCUCCGUCACUAAGGGGUUAACAUGUGUCUAAAAACAGCCCUGACAGCAAAAGGGUUAAACUUAUGUCUUUUGAUGGGAGCUGUUAUUUCCAAAGCCACCACUAGAUGGCAGCCGUCUUCCGUUGUUGCAACGUCACUUCCGGAGCAUUCUUGUGAUGGGGAGACGAAUGUGACGAGACACCGUGUUAGAAGAGGAAGUGCCCUUUUUACAAGAAAGUUAAAACUUUACAAAAACUACCCAUAUGAGGAGUGGGAGUCUAUAGAAGGACACAAGGAUCUCUACAAGGACGUCAUGAUGGAGAAGCGGCCGCCCCUCACAUCUCCGGAUGGAUCCAGUAAUGGGAACCCACCAGAGAGAUGUCCCCGUCCUCUGCAUUCCCGGGACUCCACACUGGAACAUCAGGAGUUCCCUCAGGAGGAUGAGUGUGGAUGUCUGAUUACUGUUGAAGCAGAAAGACCAUAUGUGAAGGGUGAUGAUCCAUGUAAUGAGAAGGAAAUCCCUCCAGAGAUCAGCACAGAUGGAUCCAGUAACAGAAAUUCCCCAGAGAGAUGUCCCCGUCCUCUGUAUUCCCGGGACUCCACACAGGAACAUCAGGAGAUCCCUCAGGAGGAUCGAGUGGAUGGAACAAAGAGCGAUGACUUCACUGUCAUUAAAAUCGAAGAUGAAGAAGAGAUGUCUAUUUUGGUCGAUGAGCCGUGUAAGGAAAAGGAAAUCCCUCCAGAGAUCAGCACAGAUGGAUCCAGUAAUGGGAACCCACCAGAGAGAUGUCCCCGUCCUCUGUAUUCCCGGGACUCCACACAGGAACAUCAGGAGAUCCCUCAGGAGGAUCAGAGUGACAGCUUGACUGUAAUUAAAGUUGAAGAUGAAGAAGAGAUGGCCAUGAUAGGUGAUGAUCCGUGUAAGGAGGAGGAAAUCUUUCCAGAGAUCAGCACAGAUGGAUCCGGUAACAGAAAUCCUCCAGAGAGAUGUCCCCGUCCUCUGUAUUCCCGGGACUCCACACAGGAACAUCAGGAGAUCCUUCAGGAGGAUCAGGAUGAAAGUCUGCUCAAUAUUAAAGUUGAAGUGAAGGAAGAAGCAGAAGAACCAUAUGUGGGGGAUGAUGAUCCAUGUAAGGAGGAGGAAAGUCCUCCAGAGAUCAGCCCAGAUGGAAGAUACAGAAAGUACGGCGUGAAGGACUAUUUUGUCUCAUCUCCAGAUGGUGGGAUUGAAGAUGAUGACUCUACAUCUGGCUCUUCAGAAGGAAGCCCCAUCACCUCCGAUUUCCAUUCUUUACGUCACAGUGUAGACCUAUCAUUUGAUCGCUCUACACACAGAGGGAGUUCUCCUGAUCCCUCUGAGGCCGCCACCCAUCAAAUCAUCGCUCGAGGGGGUGACCUGUUACCAUGUUCCGAGUGUGGGAAGUUUUUUAACAAGAAAGCCGAUCUUAAUGUACAUCUUCGAAUUCACACUGGGGAGAAGCCUUACUCUUGUUCCGAAUGCGGGAAAAGCUUUUCCAGGAAACGUUACCUCAUCGAACAUGGGAAAACUCACACGGGCCAGGACCUUUACUCAUGUUCCGAGUGUGGGAAAAGUUUCACCCGGAGGCCCAACCUUUUUUUGCACCACAAAACCCACACGGGGGAGAAACCGUAUUCGUGUUCAGAAUGUGGUAAAUCUUUUAUAUACAAGACUCAUCUCGUUACCCAUCAGCGGACUCAUACGGGAGAGAAGCCCUAUUCUUGCUCCGAGUGCGGAAAGUCCUUUAAAGACAGGUCGUAUUUUAUAAGCCACCAAAAGGUUCACACGGGGGAGAAGCCUUACGCCUGCACCGAGUGCGGGAAAAGCUUCAAGUGGAAAUCGAACCUUGUGACCCACCAGAGAACGCACACGGGGGAGCGGCCUUACGCCUGCACAGAAUGCGGGAAGUGUUUUCCGGACAAAGCGUAUCUUAUUGCCCAUCAAAAGCUUCACUCGGGGGAGAAGCCCUAUCCUUGUCCCGAGUGUGGUAAAUGUUUUUCAGUCAAAUCGAACCUUAUUAAGCAUAGGAAAAUCCAUGUCCAGAAACCCUUCCUGUGCCGCCAAUGCGGAAGCUGCUUUGAGUCAAAGCCAUUGUUGGAUUACCAUAAAACCAUGCAUGGCCUUGAGAAGGAGGUGUCGUUCUGAGAAGAUCGUCACUCAUGCCAUGUUCUAGGGCCAUUAUAUGACCAUGAGGUCAGAAGUCUUCUUGCAAGGUCUACAUAUGGAAGGUGAAGGUAUACUUCACUUGGCGUACGUCCCAGGGAUUGUACCAUAGGAGCUUCUCCAUGGCUUCUAGGGCUUGCUUAAAGGCUUAAAAUGUCCAGAUGCAUCCUAAAAAGUCAUCCAUGGUCUACUGUGAAAUUACCAAAGACGUUGAAGGGGCAUCUUCUGAGCACUUGAGGAAAGGCAAGUCCAGUUUUCCCUGGUCCUAGCUCUGCUCUUGGUUGGCACUCAACCAUGGAUGAGCAGGAUGUGGUCCUACCCAGAAGCAAUAGUAGUCUACUCAAUCUGUAUAUUUUUAAUAAUGCGUGGUUGUAAACCCUUACAGACCACUUUAUGCUAGAGGUAAGCCUAUAAUAAGGCUUACCUGUAGCUAC